AUGGCUCAAACCGAGGCCGAAGCUGAAAUAGAGAAGAUGAAAGUUUUGGCAGAGCGAAUAAAAGCACCCUCGAUUUGGUGCCGCUUACCAAAUGGCAUAAGAUUUGAAGAUCUUCAAGAUAAUAGGUAUGAUGAGGCUACACAGUUAUUGGAAGAACAUUAUGUUAUGGAAGAGGUAACAUAUAGAUCAUUGAACAUUAUUCAAGAUAAAGAAGGCACCGAAGAAUUCCUUAAUAACGCACGUAUUUGGAUGAAAGACAAAAUGUCCAUAGCAGCUGUGAACGAAGAAACGGAGGAGCUCGCCGGAAUUCUAAUUAUGAGGAUACAGGAAAAGAGUAAGAACUGU